AUGAAUUGUAUUGAAGAAAAUAUACAAUUUUUGGAUAAUCCUAAACAGGUCAUUCCUGUUAUUCAUCAAAUACUUCCAAAUGAAAAUUAUAUUUUGAAGUCUCAUGUAUUUAUUUCAUUUUAUGAUACCAAAUCAUUCGUUUUUGAUGAAACAUCGAGUAAGACAGAUUCAUUCUUAAUAUAUUUCUUACUUGAAUCUCUUAAAUAUAAAAAAUACUAUGAAUCUAUUUCACAAAUGUAUAUAGAUAUACGUGGUGGUAUUAUUAAUAAUAAUUUAUUAUAUGAUUUAAAAUUUUCAUCAAACUCAAAGAAUGGUUUGGUUGCUUCAUUAGGAAAAAAUUUUGAUAAAUGGAUACAACGUUGUGUUCCUAAUUUUUUUAAUAUGUCUAUUACUUCUUCAGGUGACGUAUAUAAUUGUACUAAUAUAUUUAAAAAAAGUAUAAAAGAUAUUCAAUUUUUAUUAUCAAAAACAAAAAAUGAUUGUCCAAGAAUAUAUUGUAUUGAUUUUAUGAAAACUAAUCAGAAUGAUAAAAAAAAUUAUUAUAUUGGAAGGUGGAUAUUUGUUGAUAUACCUUGUUUUACUAAUUCAUUUAAAAAUUAUGAAAUUUUAUCAUGGUUUCAAAGUGAAGAUUUUUUAAAUGUUAAAAAAUGUAAUUAUAAAAUUGAUCGUAAUCCUCUUUAUGCUGCAAUUGGAGGUUUUCUUCUUAAAAAUACAAGAACAAUAAUUUGUUUUACGGCAAAAAAUCCAAAACUAAAAACUGAACUUGAUAAUAUUAAAGAAAUUUUUUUACAUUUAAAAUUUUCAGUUGAGGAAAAUUAUAUAAUUAGUGCCAAGAAAUAUAAUCGAUCAUGGUAUUCAGCUUUAAAUGAUAUAAGAGAAAUAUGUUAUCUUGGUAGAAUAAUUACAUACGUCAAUGCUAAAACGGGAAAAGAAGGAAAAAAGAAAAGAAAAGUUUCAGAUAUUAAAAAAAUUGAAAAUACACUUAAAGAUAUAAUGGAGAAAUUUUUAAAUUCAAAUCUUACAGAAGAUCUUGGUUUAAUAAAUCAUAAAGUAUUUGAGGCGAAAGUUGGACCUGGAACUGGUAAAUCAAUUUGUGCAUUAAUAUGUGAUGUCUGGAAUGCCAUUACAAAUUUAGAUCAAAAGUUAUUUGAACAUUUAGGAGGUGAAAAAUUUAUUUCAAUUAUUUCUGAUGAUGAAUCAUCUGAUGAUUACUCCUCAUCUGAUGAUAAUUUAAAUGAUUCUGCCUAUGAAGAAGAGAUGUAUAAUAGUCUUAUAGAAUUUGAAAAAAAUAUUGAACAAUGGAAUGAUUGUUAUGAACCAAUUAUAGAAUCAUUCAUAAAAGAAAUAAAAUUUGAACAUGAAGAAUAUUUACCUCAAAUAAUUAAUAAUGUUUGUCCUAAUAUUCAUAAAGAAUAUGAUUUUAUAUAUUAUGCCAAAACAAUUUUACAUUAA